GGGGCGAAGACGAGGACCGGGAGGCGGCGGCGGCGGCGGCGGGACUGCGCGCCCCGAGUCCCGUUCCGCGUCCCCGCCGCCGGAGGAGGUGCCCGCACGCUCGCGGCGCGCGCCGGGCCGCCACACUCGGCCUGUGGGCGAUUUCCUCCGGACCCGAGCUCCCCGCCCGAGGAGGAAGAUGCAGACCUUUCUGAAAGGGAAGAGAGUUGGCUACUGGCUGAGCGAGAAGAAAAUCAAGAAGCUGAAUUUCCAGGCCUUCGCCGAGCUGUGCAGGAAGCGAGGGAUAGAAGUCGUGCAGCUGAACCUCAGCCGGCCAAUUGAGGAACAAGGCCCCCUGGACGUCAUCAUCCACAAGCUGACGGAUGUCAUCCUUGAAGCCGACCAGAAUGACAGCCAGUCCCUGGAGCUGGUACACAGGUUCCAGGAAUACAUCGAUGCGCACCCUGAGACCAUUGUCCUGGACCCCCUUCCUGCCAUCAGGACCCUGCUUGACCGCUCCAAGUCCUAUGAACUCAUCCGGAAGAUCGAGGCCUACAUGAAAGAUGACAGGAUCUGCUCGCCACCCUUCAUGGAGCUCACCAGCCUGUGCGGAGAUGACACCAUGAGGCUCCUGGAGAAGAACGGCCUGGCAUUCCCCUUCAUUUGCAAAACCAGAGUGGCUCAUGGCACCAACUCUCAUGAGAUGGCCAUCGUGUUCAACCAGGAGGGCCUGAGUGCCAUCCAGCCACCCUGUGUGGUCCAGAACUUCAUCAACCACAAUGCUGUUUUGUACAAGGUGUUUGUGGUGGGCGAGUCCUACACCGUGGUCCAGAGGCCCUCGCUGAAGAACUUCUCUGCCGGCACGUCAGACCGCGAGUCCAUCUUCUUCAACAGCCACAACGUGUCAAAGCCGGAGUCUUCAUCGGUCCUGACCGCGCUGGACAAGAUCGAGGGCGUGUUUGAGCGGCCGAGUGACGAGGUCAUCCGGGAGCUGUCCCGGGCCCUUCGGCAGGCGCUGGGUGUGUCGCUGUUUGGGAUCGACAUCAUCAUCAAUAACCAGACGGGGCAGCACGCUGUUAUCGACAUCAACGCCUUCCCAGGCUAUGAGGGCGUCAGCGAGUUCUUCACAGACCUCCUAAACCACGUGGCCACCGUCCUGCAGGGCCAGAGUGCAGCCGUGGCAGCCGCGGGGGACGUGGCCCCACUGAGGCACAGCAGGCUCCUGGCAGAGCAGGCGGGCAGCCUGGCGGGUGAGCGGACGUGCAGCGCCAGCCCGGGCUGCUGCAGCAGCAUGAUGGGCCAGGACCCACCCUGGGCGUCGGAGGCCGAUGCGGGCGGCGUGGGCACGGGCAGCACCGCCAAGCUGCCUCACCAGAGACUCGGUUGCACCGCGGCGGUAUCUCCCAGCUUCCAGCAGCACUGCGUGGCCUCACUGGCCACUAAGGCCUCCUCCCAGUAGCCACGGAGCCCAGGACCUGGAGGGCGGCACGGGCCGCAGAGUGCACCUGCUGGGCAAGCAGCUCCCAGCAGUGACGCUCCUACUAAGAAUUCCCAGUGAUCUGAUUCUUUUUUUUGUUUUUUAAUUUUUAACCUGAUUUUCUGGUGUCAUGAUCUAAACGAGGGGUGGUGGGGGGGGAGAUGGAAGAGAACCCCAAGUGGCCCAGCCUCGGGGAAGAUGCCUGAUACCUGCUGUGCAGAUAUCUUCACUGGGUUUACACUUGCUGUGUCUUCAACACUAGGUCUGAAUGUGAGGUGGGGUGUGCGUGUGCACGUGUGGCUGCUGUGCGUGUGCACAUCCACGUCUGUUCGUCUCGAUGGCUGCUGUGGACCAGGCCUUGGGGACCCUGGAGGGGGGCCGUCCCGGGUCAGGCUUUUGGCCACUGAACAGAGUGAGUGAGAGGUUCCUCAUCUCUCGCUUUCCUCCAAGCCCCUCGCACCCAGGCCUGGCCCCCUCACUAUUCCCCUCCUGCUGGCGGCCUCCACAGCUUUGUGAGGAAUGGGGCCUAAAGCCCCAAGCAGGUGUACAGGUGUCCCUCUGAAGAGCCAGAGGAAGCCAGAGGCACACCUACUGUUUCCUUGUGGGGGCUUCGUGCAGGGGGUCUGGGCUGUGGUCUGCCUGUUGCCCACUCACAGAAAGGAAGAAGGAAGCUUCCUGGGGGUGGCUAAGGUCCUUAGUUGGCCUCUACUCUCCACGUCCAGCUCCCUGGAGUCCGCCAGGCCCUUCAACUUGUGUCCCAUGCAGCCCUGCAAGGGGGCCUCCCACCCUGGCCAAGCGCCGCUCCCCAGGACCCCGGAGGAGGCUGCCUGGUCGGGAGCCCUCGGGCUGAUCUUGCCUGUGCCAAGGAUUUGUGCCGUGACUGUGGACAGAUCAUCCCAGGAGUUGCUGGGCCUCCGUGUCCUUGUCUCUGAUGAGCCGUUGAGACCAGAGACCUCUGAAGGGCAGGCUUGGUGCCCUCCACCCUGCAGUGCAGUCUGCCUCUCUGAGAAGUCAGCCCGAUGAGCCUCCCCUCGGCCUCGAGGUGAUUUGGGGCCUCUUCCCCCGGCCAGGUGGGGGGGGGGGGGGGUGGUGGGUGCUGCCUGUACGCUUCACAUCUUUUCGCACCGCCCAGCAGGCCCACCCCACCCUUCCUGCACUCACUGCAAGCCCCAAGCACAGAGCCAGCCAAGUGUGAGGGGAGCUGCAGCCCCAGAGGUGAGGAAGCAGUUACCCCUCCUCCGUGAGAGUACCCCCAGCCCCUGAUGGCAGCUUACACCACCAGCUGACCACUCCGCUCCCGCGGUGCAGGCGGGCAGACCGCCCCGCCCCUCUGCAAAGAAAGGGGGCCGGUGAGGGGCUUUGCCAGUCCUGGGACAACGUGAACCUGGGCAAAAUGCAUAGGACCCCCUGAGCAUGAUCUUGUGUCCUGAGACAUCCAUUCACGUUGAGAAAGUGGGAAAGGCGUCCAAGCUGUCGUGCACGGUCCGAUGAGGAUGGCCCGAGAGAGGCUGCUGAACUGGGCACUCAGAGGUACCUUCGGGCCCGGCUCAGCAGGGGCAUGGGGGUCACCCACCUUUGGGAAAGGAAGGACUGGGUGGGGGCCGCCCUCAAGCUGCACUGGGCCUAGGGCGAGGACAGGUGCUGUUGGGACUGCCCGGCUGCCCUGGAAAGGAGGGCCCACCGACUAACUGCGUUUACACGACUUGAGUGUUGAACCCCGAUUAUAAUGUCUGUACAGCGCCUUUCCUAGUCCAUCCCUGAGCCCCGGGGAAGCAGGAAAGCGUGGCUGGCCUCUUGCACUGCUUUGUCUCCAAAAUAAACUACUGAAAUCGAACUGCA